CAUUUUAUCAAAUCCUUUAUCAUUGAGAUUUGUGUUCGCACGCGAAUCGGACAAUUUCAUCGAAUAAAUUAAAAAGAAAUGUUUUAAUUACAUACUGUUAACAUUGACUAGCGUUUAGUGAGAUCUGUUUGGUGUAAAUUCAAAUGCAGAAUUUAAUAGAUAACAUAAAUAUUAAAACAAAAUAAUAACGACUUAAUAUUUUGAUGUGGACUAAAUAGUCAAGGAUGGCCGUGGACAAAAUGAUAUGGAAGAUUUUUUUGGAUAUUCUUGUAUUAGCUUGCGUGGGGGUACCAUUGCUGGUCUUGCAUCUAUUAGUUGAACCGUACCACCGCGGUUACUUCGCCGACGAUGAGAGCCUGAAGUUACCAUAUAAAGAGCAAACGAUAUCCGAAGCUAUCCUAGCGGGAGUCGGAUUCGCUUUAAUUGUUGUUACGGUUGUAUUAAUCGAAAUAGUUCGUGACAAACAAGGAAAAGGCGUUGGGGAGAAGUUCCUCUCUGGCUCAUUGAUAUCAGGUUGGCUAUGGGAAAGUUAUACGGCUAUUGGCGUGUUUGCUUUCGGCGCGGCGUGCCAACAGAUGACCGUAAACUCAGCCAAAUACGUCAUUGGAAGACUAAGACCUCAUUUCUUUGAUGUUUGCAAGCCAUACACCACAGCGGACUUGAACAACUCUGGUUACAUCCAAGACUUCAGUUGUACGAACACGAACGCAGCUCAGCUGAAAGACAUGAGGCUGUCGUUCCCCAGCGCUCAUUCAAGCUUCGCAAUGUAUACUGCUAUUUUCUUCAUCUUCUACGUACAAGUUAAAGGCAGAUGGCGGGGAUCAAAGCUGUUAAGGCACGGGAUACAAUUCGCUGUACUGAUUGCUGCGUGGUACGUUGGACUGUCGCGGGUGGUAGACCACAUGCACCACUGGAGCGAUGUUGCCGUUGGCUUCGCUGUUGGUGCUCUUUACGGAGUUAUUGUGUUUGUAUAUAUAUUGAAACCUAAGAAGUACGGACUUCCCGGUACUUGGGAGAUCACUCAACCAGAAAUCCUACCGAGACCGGUGCUCUCUCGGUGAUCUCCUAAAUGGAUGAAACGUAAUAUUUACAAAAGAAUACACACGACUUAAAACGAGAUUGACAUUUAAAAUGUAAUUAACUGGAUAAAAUAUAACUGCGUGCAGAAUGUCGGCAGCUUCUAUUAGAUUAUAUUUUUUAAAGUGCUCUUAACAUAAUUGUACUGUCGUUCAUUGGUUACUUAUAUUGUCAAGCGCUACUACCGACCAAUGAAUGGUCAUUUGAAUGGUCAAAUGAUAAAUUUAGUGAGCUGAUUUCGACCAAUGUAUUAAAAACUAAAAGUAUUACAAUUAAAUUAUUUAUAAAUAGCAGUA